AUGCAUAUAGAUGCGGGGCCCCGGGCAGGACCCCUCCCUGCCGCCAGCGUGCCCAAGGGGAAGGUCAGCUUGGCCAAAGGUGCGUUGAAGGAGGAGCCCAAGAGAUCAGCGAGGCUGUCAGCUAAGCCACCAGCAAAAGUGGAAAUGAAGCCCAAGAAGGCAGCAGGAAAGGAGAAGUCUUCUGACAAAAAAGUGCAAACAAAAGGGAAAAGGGGAACAAAGGGAAAACAGGCAGAUGUGGCUAACCAAGAAACUAAAGAUUUACCUGCAGAAAAUAGAGAAACUAAAAAUGAAGAGAGUCCAGCCUCUGAUGAAGCAGGAGAAAAAGAAGCCAACUCUGAUUAA